AAAUACAUUCGUAGCAGCAUUAGCAUCUACUCAGUGACCCAUUGCAUUGACAUCCUGGGUGAACUCACUGGGACAUCAGAGAGACCAAUCAGAGCCCGAGCUUUAACAACGACUCCUCCCACGUCCAUGAGUCGGCGUGUUUUGGGAGGCAACGUGUACAGGAACUGGAGUCUGACAGCUCGCCUGACGAAACCAGUUCGAGUAGGAAGUCAAGCUAACGUUAGCCAGCAGGUAAUGUUGCUCAAUUACUUACACCGUCGUUAGCCGCCUCUCAGUAUCCCAAGUCUCCUGAACUUCCGCACUCUUGUCGUCUUAGUCCCUGUGCUCGAUAGCAUUCUUUAGGCAACCAUGGCCGUUUGGAGGAAACUGUGGUGCAGGAACGUCCUGUCAGUGUCCCUGCUCGUCUACAUCCUGCUCCACACCAUGGAUGUGCAUGCACGGCCAGCCAACAUAUCCGCCGCUAAAGACAAGUCUCCAGCCAGCAAGGACGACAACGAGAUUCUACCCGCGGACCACCUGAACGGGAUGAAGAUGGAGUUGGAUGGCCACCUCAAUAAGGACUUCCACCAGGAGGUUUUCCUGGGUAAAGAGAUCGAGGAGUUUGAGGAGGACUCUGAGCCAAGGAGGAACAGGAAGAAGCUGAUUGAAAUUUUCACCAAAGUGGAUUUCAACAAUGACAAGAGUGUUAGCGCCAAGGAGAUGCAGCGCUGGAUUAUGGAGAAAACUUCGGAGCACUUUCAGGAGGCCCUGGUCGAGAACAAGAACAGUUUCCGUGCUGUUGACCCAGAUGGCGACGGUCGUGUGACAUGGGAUGAAUACAGAGUCAAAUUUUUGGCCAGCAAAGGUUUCAAUGAAAAGGAAGUGGCUGAGAAGAUAAAGAAUAACGAAGAUCUGAAACUGGACGAGGAAACUCAGGAGGUUCUGGAAAGCCUGAAGGACCGCUGGUUCCAGGCUCAAACCCCUCCAAGUGACGAGUUUCUGAAUGAACAAGAGUUCCUCUCCUUCCUUCAUCCCGAGCACAGCAGGGGCAUGCUCAAAUACAUGGUCAAGGAGAUUGUGCGCGACUUAGACCAGGAUCGCAAUGAGAAGUUGACGCUGUCAGAGUUCAUCUCUCUACCUGUGGGCACCGUGGAGAACCAGCAGGCCCAGGACAUCGACGAUGACUGGGUCCGAGAGAGGAAGAAGGAGUUUGAGGACGUCAUUGACUCAAACCAGGAUGGCAUUGUGACCAUGGAGGAGCUGGAGGAGUACAUGGACCCGAUGAACGAGCACAACGCCCUGAACGAGGCCAAGCAGAUGAUCGCCGUCGCCGAUGAAAACCAGAACCAUAAUUUGGAGCUGGACGAGAUUCUGAAGUACAGCGAAUACUUCACGGGCAGCAAGCUCAUGGAUUACGCCAGAAAUGUCCACGAGGAGUUCUGAGGACACACUUUCCCUCUCGGUCCGCUCAGCGAACCAGGGCGACACCCUACAUCUGCUUCAGAGACAAGGUCGCCAUGGGGGGGAGGGACAAAGGGGGGGAGGGGGGUGCUCAGGCAAACCAAUGAUGGGAGGUUUUAGUGUGCAAUUCUCUGAUUUUAAAAGCCUUUAAACGGCCUCCGCUGACUCCAAUAAUAGAUCCUUCCUUCAGCCCUGGACUUCAUGCCAGCCGUCCAUUGGCUCUUUUUUUAGAUGUCGUGCUGUUUGACUCCAAAAUUAAUUUAUCUCACAUUGUGUAACGUGUGUAUAUGAGGAAUUUAAACCCUGACUAGAUAUUGUUGUUCCCGUCACAGCGGGACAGAGACUGGAUCUGUCUUUCUAGCCGACGUUUCUGUCUACAGCUUAAUUAUUCUUUGUUCACAGCAAUGCCUCUGGCAGGAGAAAAAAGCUGCUGAAAGGACCCUUAUGUUAUAUUAUGGUGACGCACACCCAAAUUUGCCUAAACUCAAAAAGGGGAUUUCUUCAUUCUGGGGGCACGAUCCAUUAGUUCCCAGUAUAGAUUGUAUCCGUCCUACUUACAGAACGGUGAGAAAAAAAGAAAAGCAUAACUCUGUAAAACUGCCUCACUGACUGGCUGCACAAAUCAUCAUUAUUGAUUUGAUGCCAGUGUGUGAGAACAAUGUACCUUUCUUCCUUUUAUAUAUUAUUUUGACUUACUGAAGGAAAAGCACAGGUGUCACAUGACCCGUGUCAGGUCAAAAUGUAUGGAAAGGCCUUUUGUUUUGAUCUCGGCUUAAGGCGAUCCAAUUGUACUUAACAAGGAUGCAGAUGCAGAGGAAGUUAUUUAUUUUACUAGUAUAAUUUGGAUGAGCUGCAUCUUUGAACGUCUUUGUUUUUUGCUUAAUUGCUGUAAGAGGGUGGUCUGUGUGUGAAAGCUCACUCUUGUUAACGUUUACGUGUAAGCUACAUUUGGAACACCUUUGGUUCAUCCUUACAUUUUCAUUUGUUUGCAAAUGCAUGGUCAAACAAUGUCGUUGCAAUUCCCUAAUUUGUGAACUGUUUGAAUCCUGCUACGGUGUUGGAUUGACAAAGCUUUAUAAAAUAUAUUGCAAAUGUACUGGUAAUAAAUAUUUCUUAUAAAUUAAAUAGCACCUGG